AUGGACGCCCUGACUCCUAUCCUUCUCAACUUCCUCGAGGAGCAUGCCCGCCCCCACGUCCAGGAAAAGGUCUCCGAGGAGCUCGACGAGACCAAGGUCGACCUCAAGAAGGACCUGCCCGAUACCAUGAUGGACUUCAUCAAGGGUGAAGAUGGAAUCCCCAUGAUUGCCAAUAUCAUCUCCAACCUGGGAGAUGACUUUAUGGAAAAGAUCCGCAGGGUGACCGACUCGACUAUCGAGACCGCCUCCGAAGGCAUGGACCUGUUGUUGACCAACGGAGUGAUGAACAUCUCCAAGGAUGUUUUGACAAGCAACACCGAUGGCAAGGGCUCGUCUGGAUUCAACUUUGAUUUCUUGAAGACUGGAAAGGAGGGUAUGGUCAUGACCACCAUGGCUGCCUCGGCGCCCGUUAUCAAGCAAGUCAGCGAUAACAUGGGCCGUAAAAUCAGUGCCCACUUCCCAGCCCAGAUUGGAGGUACGAUCCAGGAGAUGAUUGACGAACACGGCGGAUCCGACGGACUGUUUGGCAAGGCUGCAGGAUUCCUGGCCAACUUCUUAAUCUCGGACAAAGAUGGUCCUGGUGAGCACACCGUUGCCGGAGGUGGAACCGACCGCGAUGUCGAGGCCGCCGGCGGUCACACGGGUAAAAUCCAGCAAAUGCUCCAAAAGUUCUUGGCCCCCAAGGUCCUCCUCAUGAUCCAGCCCUACCUCCAGAGGUUUGAGGCCAAGAUGACUAGAUCAUUGGAGACCGAACUUCGUGGCAAGGUCUUCAACAUGGAGUACAUCAAAUCCACCGCUCUGACUGCCAUCACCGGCUUGGGUGGCGCCGCCGGUGGCUUUGGUGGAAUUCUUGGCUCCCUCUUGGGAGGCGGAAAAGACAGAGACGACGAUGACGAUGAUAAUGGCAAUGGCGGCAACAAUGGACGAAGGAGGAACGACGAUGAUCCUAUGAGUGCCCUAACUAACCUGGCAGGGCAGUUCUUGAAGAGUCGAGAGCAUUAG